GGCCAGGACCCUCCUCCGCGCCUUCGAAUGAGCCGUGACAGCCGUGACGAGGGGUCCGCGUCACGAAGGGGAGCCCUGAGCCCCGCGAGCCUUCUCCACCGGGAGACAGAGGUUAGCAAGUGUGACCCCAGUCCGGGUCACACCUCGCCCCGGGCAAGGCAAGGCGGCAGGUAGACUGAGCCCGCGACACCGGCUUCGGCCACCCACCUCGAUGGCGGCGACGCUGAGGGACCCGGCACAGGACUGUGUGACCUUUGAGGACGUGACCAUUUACUUCUCCCAGGAGGAGUGGGGACUCCUUGAUGAGGCUCAGAGACUCCUGUACUGUGAUGUGAUGCUGGAGAACUUUGCGCUGAUAGCAUCACUGGGACUUACCUCUUUCAGGUCCCACGUAGUUGCCCAGCUGGAGAUGGGAGCAGAGCCCUGGGUGCCUGACAGAGUGGACAUGACUUCAGCCAUGGCAAGAGGGGCAUAUAGAGGACCUGGUCCUGAUAUUUGCCAUGGAGUGGAAGGUGAGGAAUCACCUUCUGAGCAUAGCGUUUCUGUAGAAGGAGUGUCACAGCACCGGAAUCCAAAGGCAGCUUUAUCCACUCAGAAGGACUACCCUUGUGACAUGUGUGACCUACACUUGAAAGACAUUUUGCAUCUGGCUGAACACCAGGCAACAUAUCCCAGUCAGAAACCAUAUAAGUAUGAGGCAAAUGGGAAGGAGUUCGAGUUCAAUGCAGACCUUCACCAGCAAAAAAUGCAGCAGGAUGUAGAUAAGUCUAUCAGAAGGGGGGAGGGGAGGGCCUCGCUUGUGAAGAGCUGCAGAAAUGACACAUCUGAGAAACCUUUCACAUUCAGGGAGGGUGGGAAGGACAUUGUGGCCAGAUCUGACUUUCUGCAACAUCAGGUCACUCACAGUGUGGAGGAGCCACAACAGGGCACCAAAAGUGUGGGAGAUUUUCAUACCGUGCAAAGCCAUAACAUGCACAGUGAAUCUGGGAACACUGUCAGUGACAAACCUACACUUGCUCAGCACCAGAGAACCCACACUGGAGAAAGGCCUUAUGAGUGCAGUAAAUGCGGGAUAUUCUUUAGCCACACCGCUGGCCUUUUUCAACACCAGAGAGAUCACAAUAGAGGAAAGCCUUAUGAGUGCUGCGAAUGUGGGAAAUUCUUUAGCCAACAUUCCAGUCUCAUUAAACAUCAGAGAGUUCACACUGGUGAAAGCCCCCAUGUAUGCAGCGAAUGUGGGAAAUUCUUUAGCCGAAGCUCCAACCUCAUUCAACAUAAGAGAGUUCACACUGGAGAAAAGCCUUACGAGUGCAAUGAAUGUGGGAAAUUUUUUAGCCAACGCUCCAACCUCAUUCAUCAUAAGAGGAUUCAUACUGGUAAAAGUGCUCAUGAGUGCAGUGAAUGUGGGAAAUCCUUCAACUGCAACUCCAGCCUAAUUAAACAUUGGAGAGUUCACACUGGAGAAAGACCUUAUAAGUGCAAUGAAUGUGGGAAAUUCUUUAGCCAUAUUGCCAGUCUCAUCCAACAUCAGAUAGUUCACACUGGUGAACGGCCUUAUNUCUUUUGGGUUUUCUACANGAUAAACUCUGAGAGUAGUCUUUAUGAGGGAGCCAUCAGCCAGAAGUUGAACCCUGUUCAUCCAAAUAUCCACACUGGGGAGAUUCCCUAUGAAUGCUAGGCAUGUUGGAAGCUUUCUAGAGCUAAGUUGCAUUUUCUGACCAUGGACUUUCCCAGAGUUUUGUCACUACUAGUGUUUGUGGCAGAAGCCAUCUCAACUCUACUGCCAACUCAAUGGCAGGUCUCCAGAGUGUGUAUCAAUAACGGCCUGUGCACAGGGAUGGAAAACCUCUGUUCUCUCUAAGGGAAUUGUGAAUAGCCUGUGGCCAUUAGAGUCCCUCAUUCGCUCCUGUUGUUACUGGUUUAGCUGAGCACAUGACCCAUCUUAGGCCAUGAAGACCUGAGCUGGGUUCUACUGGCAACUUGCUGAGAAGGUUUCCCUUUUUCAAGGACAAUGUUGAUCUCAUAUGAUGCUCAUGAUGAAUUUAUCCAACCACCACAGUACCCAUCCCAACAACUACCUACUUUACACAGCUCUGGUUUGGGUGAUAAUAAGGGUCUUAUUGAUACAGCCACCUUUAAUCUUUUGUGUUCUGAUCACUGUGUGGAAUGGGUGGGUUGAGUACAGAAUUAAGGUCUACCAGAUUAACAGGGUCUCCAAAUUUAUUGCAUCAGAGGGAACAGCAGGAUGGCAGAGAACAGCUCUCAGUCCAGAUUUGGCCUCAUUUGCAUUGCUACUCAGGGCCUCCUAGGAAAAAAUUUAUGGCUUUGAGGAGGCUAAUGUGGUCUGAAUGGCAUGAAUUUUUGUGGACUAGAGAUUACCCUGAGGAAGGGACAUUUGUGACAAACUCCAGUGCACCUGAGAGCAGCAUGAAUUAGGCCCCUUGUUUCCAGGGGAUGCCUCACAUUCCUUAGCACUGUUGAGUAGACACUGUUUACCUGGCACCUGCCCAGGAGCCAUAUACCUUGAAGUCUAACAUCUGGUAUACAGGUGUCUCUAACUUAAGACUUACUGGGCCCAGUUGGGACCAUAAUUUGUACAGAAACCCUGGCGGGUGUGUGUGUGUGUGAGGGGGGGCGGAUUGAUAACAGGGAGCCGGUGAGACUGCAGCAAACUAGAGGGAAUGUACCUGUUCUAAAAGUGCAUCCAGAAUGUUCCCUUGAAUCUGACUAUGCAGGAUUCAGGCUUUGCAGAAAUUCUCAAGAACUCUAGACCUCUGUCCUAUGAGUAAGGUCAUUGGCAGAGCAAAGAAUCUAAAGGUUUUUUGGAUUACUGCAGGUUCACUGUACUGUUCAUCGCAAGACCAUUGCUGCAUUGACAGAAAAAUGGGGACUAAGUGGAGGGAGAUCCUGUACCCCAGGGAUGUAGCAUUUGUGACAUAGCCAUUUUUGCUGCCAUGGCAAGGAGAGAUAAGCAUCAAUAGAGGGUUGCCAAAUCUUCCAGUUUUCUAAAUGAAUGGAGAUCAGAUUUUUACGUGCAACAAUUACUUUUUUUUUUUUUUAAGAUUUUAUUGGGGA